AUGCCGGGUCAGCCGAUGUCGGGUCAGUCGACGGCGGGUCAGCCGAUGUCGGGUCAGUCGACGGAGGGCCAGGCGCUGGCGGCUCAGGCGGUGGCCGCUCAGCUGACGGGGGACCAGUGGAUGGAGGGCCACUGGAUGCCGGAUGAGGCUGUGGUGGCCCAGCCGAUGGCGGCUCAGCUGACGGGGGAGCAGUGGAUGGAGAGCGACUGGAUGUCGGGCCAGCCGGUGGGAGACCAGUGGCUUGGAGACCAGUGGAUGUCGGGUCUGCUGACGGUGGGUCAGCCGAUGCCGGGUCAACCGACGGCGACUCAGCCGACGGGGGACCAGGCCCAGUGGAUGCCGAGCCAGUCGAAUCCGGUGCACGAGCCACCUUCGAGCCUACCAGGAGGGAGGCCUCCGGCGGUGGCUCCGUCUGGCCCCUCUUGCCUUUCGCGGAGCAGGUUGUUGCCGGAGGCGCAGGCAGGUUCGUUGGGUUUGACGGAAUGGGUGGUGUUAGCGUGUGCGGCGCACGACCACACGGUGCUGACGGCGACGACGAGCCAACGAAUGACGGAGGUGAUGUCGAAGGCCCUGGUGGUGAUGCGGGCCGUACCGGCGCGGGCGGACUUUCGCAGCUGCCCGUGGAACAGUCUAUACCUAGCGGGGCUGGUCUGCAGCCGACUGCCCGAGCACCAGGGCUGGCUCCGCGCGUUCGCGGACGUGAUCCCGCGACCACCCGCCCUGACUGACUCCUGGUACCUCGCCUGCGUGCUGGAGUUGGAUUCGGACGCGCGCCAUCUGGCGCGCCAACUCGCAGCCGCGGCUGGCGUCAACUGCGUCGACGCCGCCGAACGUCUUUUUUGCGAGACGUUCGCACCCGCCGCACACGUGUGUGCGCCCCUGCCGUCGCGCGCCGAGGCGCUACAGCUUACCUGCGCGUUCUCCAAACUCGAGUACUUGCUCACGGGACCAGGGCGCACAUUACCCUGGGAAUUGCUUGAGCAUCGCGAGCCGGUCAAGGGGCAGCGACUGCUCCCGUUCUUGAAGCGCGUGCUUGGCCCUGCCGCAUGCAGCAAGGUCACCGCGCUCCUGCGCGACCGCCUGCCGCCGCCGGCGAGCUGGUUCCGCUUGCGUAACGAACGCUUCCUCACCUACGUUUUAGAGUGCGCGCUUUCCCCCUGGGACUGCCCGCGAGAGCCUACUCACGCCGCGCGGAACGGAGAGGCCCAAACACAAUCCCGGGGGUCGGAGGCUGCGCCAACACCAUGCCGAGGACCGAAGGCAGCCCAAGUCGAGGUGCUGAUCCCUCCUCCGGCUCCGGGGCCGGUGGCGUACAUGAAAGAGGUGCUGGCGGAGUGUGCGACGACGGAAGCGGAGGAACGGCGCAGGUGGAGUGUAGCGCAACGGGAGCAGUGGGCGAAGGCGCGGCACGACAUGGCUUCAUUAGCGGUGACGAAGUUGUGGUCGAGGUUGCCGCGCGCGGUGGCGGCGACGGCGAGUGAGCCGUGGUUGAAGGUGGGUUGGCGUUGGGUGAGUCUGGCGGGGAUGCUGCAUGACGUUUACGGAUCCGAGCAGGUGCUUGCGUUGGCGAAGAAGUGUGAGAUGGAGGUCGCGCGACCGUCUGGAGUUUCGCCUCUUUGGUAUCUGGCGGAGUUGUUGAGACGUUAUGUUUCGAACCGCCUUAUUGCGCGGCGGCUAAAUGGGUGGCGAAGCCGCGGGGUGGAGCUGCUCGACUGGGAGUGCUACAUGCCGGUGUAUCACGACAACUUUCCGACCGAGUUCGGGCAGUUGCCCAACUCCGAGGCGUCUCGCACACUCGUGUGCGUCGCCUCGCGCACGCUUCACUGGGUCAUCCACGGCUCGGAACGGUUAGGAGCUGAACCCGCGUCCCAACACGAGCGCGCCGUGGAAAGCAUCUACCGCGUACUGGGAGCGCGCCGCUGCAAGGAUCUGGUCGCAGUUUUCCGUCCGCAAGUGGCCGCCGUUGGAGACUCCCUCGCCCACGCCGACGAUCGCUGCUUCCUCGGCUGCAUGCUCAAAAACGGCGGCGUCGUCCUCGAAUGUGUUGCCGCCUUCUGCGACGCCCUCCCCCCCCCGGAUCAAAAUAGCCACCAGCCCGAACUCCCCCCCAAAAACGGAGUUGGCGAACAGCACGAACCUCUCCCACACUGCGCGAGUUUUUCUGUUGCACAGAAUUGUGGUUGA